CGAACGAGCGGGGGCCCCCCAGUCCGCCAUUUUGUACGCGUCUUUCGCGGUGCGAUUGUUUGAGAAACGCUCUCGCGGCCAGCGUUUUUAACACGCUAGUAGUAUCGUGUAAAAUAAAUAUACAGCAGGAGAAAGUAAAGUUUCUCCGAGCAUAGUAGUAGUAAAUCGUUUAAGUGUAAGUUAAGAGGGAAAACCGGCGAUGGGCGAUUAUCAGGUCGGCGUACAACAGGACGCGUUGGGGGCCGUACAGUUGGAACUCGGCGGGAAUCCCAACAGUUUGGCGUUGAGACGACCGUUCGACCCGCUGGCCCACGACCUGGAAGCGAGUUUCCGGUUAACGCGGUUCGCCGACUUGAAGGGCCGGGGGUGCAAGGUGCCCCAGGAGGUGCUCAACAAACUGGUCGAGGGACUGCAGCAGGACUACAACAGCGGCGGGGACCAUGAGCACUUUAUGCAUAUGGCCAUCCCGCGGAUCGGUAUCGGCUUGGAUUGUUCGGUGACCCCGUUACGUCACGGGGGUCUCGUCCUGGUCCAAACCACCGAUUUCUUUUACCCCCUGGUGGACGACCCUUACAUGAUGGGCAAGAUCGCGUGCGCGAACGUCCUAAGCGAUUUAUACGCGAUGGGCGUGACCGAGUGCGACAACAUGCUGAUGCUCCUCGGGGUCAGCACCAAAAUGACCGAGAAAGAGAGAGACGUCGUUAUCCCGUUGAUAAUGAGAGGGUUCAAGGAUUCCGCUUUGGAGGCGGGUACGACCGUGACCGGGGGUCAGACGGUGGUGAACCCGUGGUGUACCAUCGGGGGCGUCGCCUCCACCGUCGCGCAACCCAACGAGUACAUCGUGCCCGAUAAUGCGGUCGUGGGGGACGUGUUGGUACUCACUAAACCGCUUGGAACCCAGGUGGCGGUGAACGCGCACCAAUGGCUCGACCAACCGGAACGCUGGAACCGCAUCAAGUUGGUGGUGAGCGAGGAGGACGUGCGCAAGGCGUACCACCGCGCGAUGGACUCGAUGGCCCGCCUUAACCGGAUCGCGAGCCGCCUGAUGCACAAGUAUAACGCGCACGGCGCCACCGACGUGACCGGUUUCGGCCUGCUCGGCCACGCCCAAACUUUGGCCUCCCACCAAAAGAACGAGGUGUCGUUCGUCAUUCAUAAUUUGCCGGUGAUCGCGAAGAUGGCGGCGGUGGCGAAAGCGUGCGGCAACAUGUUUCAGCUGCUCCAGGGUCACUCGGCUGAAACGUCCGGCGGUCUCUUGAUUUGUUUGCCGCGCGAGCAGGCCGCCGCCUACUGCAAAGAUAUCGAGAAACAGGAGGGGUACCAGGCGUGGAUCAUCGGGAUCGUGGAGAAGGGCAACAGGACCGCGAGGAUCAUCGAUAAGCCGAGGGUGAUCGAGGUGCCCGCCAAGGAAUAAUUUUUGUUUUUUGUCUUCUUUCAGUCUUUUUUUUUUUUUGUUCAAUUUUCGGUCGUCUCACUCACUUUUCCUCCCGAUUGGUUCCCGCGCUGGACGAACUGGUUCGGGCACACGACGGUUCUUUUAGGAAAAACGCGUAGUAACAAUUAUUGUGUUUUUUGCAAAGAUAAAUAUUUUUUUUUAAUAAUAAAUAAGUGUAGGUUAUAGAAACGGUAUAUGUAAAGAAUGUGUUUUUUGAUAUUCCCUAUUAUUAUAUUAUUACGAUGAAUUUAGGCUGUAAGUUUUCUUCUUGCGGUAUUUUGUAAAAUAUUUUAUGAAUAUAUUAUGUUCCCUGUUCGGUAAAUUAAAAUUCAGUUCGGUUCCGCU